GUGCGCAUGCGCAGUGCGUGUUAUUUCUACAAUGACGUUGCUCUGUCUCUAGUAGCCUGUUCUGCUGGGCGCUCCUCGCUUUCCUUCAGAGAGCCGCUUUUCUAAACUCAGCCCCGGGAAACCAUGGCCGAGCAGGCCUCGGGAUCCACCCAGCCGCCUCAACAUGACGGGGUUCUGCAGCAGCGCGCGGCCGAGCAAGAGCAGGAUCGAACCGACUUCCUGAAGCUCAAACAACAGCUGGAGAUGGAGUUCAACCAGAAGCGGGCCAAGUUUAAGGAACUCUAUCUGUCUAAAGAAGAUGAGCUGAAGAAGCAGACUGCUAUACUGGAGAAGGCCCAGGCAGAGCUGAGCAAGAUGCAGGACCAGCUGGCCGAGGCUAGAGCAGAGAUGGAGACCAUCAAAGCCGUGGCCACCGUCUCUGAGAGCACGAAGCAGGAAGCCAUCGACCAGGUCAAGCAGCAGUGGCAGGAGGAGGUGGCGUCACUGCAGGCUAUUAUGAAAGAUGCAGAGCGGGAAUUUAAGUUGCAGUUCCAGCAGAAGCUGGAACAGGAGCGCGCUCAGUGGUCACAGUACCGUGAUGGGAUGGAGCGAGAGGUGGCUGAGCUACGCCGCCGUCUUACUGAGGGACAGGAGGAGGAGAAUUUAGAGAAUGACAUGAAGAAGGCUCAGGAAGACGCAGAGAAGUUACGCUCAGUGGUGAUGCCAAUGGAGAGCGAGAUUGCAGCACUGAAGGCCAAACUGUCAAGCUCAGAAGAUCGAGUUAAGGAGCUUGAGGCGGCAAAGGUGAAGGAGCUCAAUCACGUCCUGGAGGCUGAAAAAUCAUGCCGUACAGACUUGGAGAUGUAUGUUGCUGUCCUCAACACCCAGAAAUCUGUCCUUCAAGAGGAUGCAGAGAAACUUCGGAAAGAACUCCAUGAAGUGGUUCACCUGCUGGAGUUGGAGCGGCAGCAGCACAAUCAGCUGAAACACACUUGGCAGCGUGCGAACGAUCAGUUCCUGGAGUCGCAGCGACUGCUGAUGCAAGACAUGCAGCGGAUUGAGAGCGUGCUGUCCUCAGAGCAGCUGCGGCAGGUGGAGGAAAUGAAGAAGAGAGACCAGGAGGAGGAUGAGAAAGAGCAAUUGAGUCAGGCUAAAGAGGCAAGUGAGGAUGAUGGGACAGAGCAUGCAGAAGCAGUGGAGGACUCUCUGCUCGGACUCUCCAUAGAAGAGUCUCACCUCAGCCACAGUAUCCACAGCUCUUUGCACUCUCUGGACGCAGACACCCCAGGCCGCCCGGACAGCUCUGAUCCUUAUAAAGAUGGGCUUCGGAGGGUGCAGUCCACAGACAGUCUGGGUUCUUCGGGAGGAGCCCUACAGCCUCAUGGGCUGGGUGGACACAACAACAAGGCCAAGUCAGCCAGCCAACUGGACGAGUCAGACUUUGGUCCUCUAGUGGGGGCAGACUGUGUGGGCUUUGAUAGCAUGGACACCUCCUCCAUAUCAUCCCUCCAGCCAGGACACUUUCUCCUCACCAAGGACCAGGAGAAGGCCAUUAAGGCAAUGACCCCAGAGCAGGAGGAGACCGCAUCACUCCUGUCCAGCAUAUCUCAUAUGGCCGAUACAGCUUAUCUGCCUCCGACUGGCUACCGAAUGGUCAGCGAGAGCGAGUGGAAUCUGCUUCAGCAAGAGUUGAAGAAUGCUGGAAGGAAGUUGGGGCGGCGAUGUGAUAUGUGCUCUAAUUAUGAGAAACAGCUGCAGGUCAUUCAGGGACAAGAGGCCGAGACAAGAGAGCAGGUUAAAAAGCUUCAAGUCAUCUUGCGGCAGGCGAACGAUCAGCUGGAGCGGACGAUGAAUGAGAGGCAGGAGUUGGAGGACUCUGUCAAACAGGCCAAUGAGGAAACUACUGCCAAGAUCUUAGAGUUGAAGCAGAAAGUUCAGGAGUCUGAGUCUCUCGUAAGCGCUCUCCAACAGGCCUUCAGCCAGGCCAAGAGGAACACCCAGGAGCAGAUGGCUGUGCUGCUACAGUCCAGAGAGCAGGUGACUGAAGAGCUGAACAGACUGCAGAAAGAUAAUGAGAGUCUUCAGGGUAAACACAGACUUCACAUGACGCUGCAGCAGCAAGAGGACUUUCACAUGCCGACCACUGUACAGGAACUUCAGAAUCUGGUGUUGCAGUACAGGGAGGACAUUGUUUCUGCACGCACAGCAGCGGAGCAUUUGGAGGAAAAGCUGAAGGCUGAAAUUCUGUUCCUGAAGGAGCAGAUUCAGGCAGAGCAGUGUCUGAAAGAAAACCUAGAGGACACGCUACAGCUGGAGAUAGAGGGCUGUAAAGAAGAGAUUGCAUCUUUUUCCAGCUUGAAAACGGAACUGGAACGAGUGAAGAGUGAGAAGGAACAGCUGGAGAGCAGCUUGGCAGAGAAGAGACAGAUGCUGGAGAAAGUCCAGGGCCUAAAGAACAGUCUGGAGGAACAGUUGAAAGACGCCCUCGGCUGCAAGAGUGCUUUGGAGACUCAGGUGUUUGAAGAGAAAGACAAGGCACAGAGACUUCAAACAGAGCUAGAUGUCAGCGAGCAGGUCCAGAGAGAUUUCGUCAAGCUGUCCCAGACCCUUCAGGUGCAAUUGGAGCGUAUUCGGCAAGCGGACUCAUUAGAGCGGAUCCGUGCCAUCCUCAACGACACCAACCUUACAGACAUCAGCCAGCUUCCAGAGACAUGAUGUCACUUCCUCCUCACGACUCCAUCGUGCACAUAUAAACACAUGCACUCUCAUACACGCUCCACCUGUACCUCAGAUUUUCGGCCCGACUCCAUCAAGUGAGGAAGACUUGAGCUUGCAGGUCUUGGAGAAACACUACUGAUACCUACUACUGCUAUCUGUCCAGCUUGUACAUGCGUUCGCAAGAGCACAAAAAGACUCCCGUCUCUGUUCGAGCGAAGGGUUUGUGUCUUGUAAUGCCAUGAGGAGCUUUCAAUGAGAGCAUUUUUUGUUCCUCAUUCAGUUCAGGAAAUGAGAAAAUGGAUAAUCAACUAAUGUGACUCUCCCGUUCCCUGACCCUACCAAAGUUCCCGUCUCUUCCCUCUUUCCUCUGAUACUGCUCUACUUCUCUUCCGUCUUUCCGUCUGCUGAACUAGCAGCAGUGACCUAUGAAGGAAACGGACGCUCCUGAAGUGUUUUGUACAUAGUUGUAUACAGAUUAUGUGUGUAUAUUGCAUUAGUUAAGUUAAUACGCAAGACUUUGAUUCCCGUCUCGACCCGCCUCCUACGUUUUCACAAGCGACGCCGUUUCUUUCCUCAUCCACCAAUCAUUUCACUGGCUGUGUCGUAUAGUUUUAUCCUCAACGUCCGUUUUAGGAGAUUCUCCAAAUCUCUUCUUUUACUUCCUAACAAUUUGACAAACUUUGUUUAAUGUUACUGCUUUUGUUGGAACGGACUGAUGUUUUUGCAAAUUUUUCCUUGUGUUUUUGCUUUCUUUCUGAAGGAUAUUGCAGACACAUCUGAUGAUAUUUACAGUUUACAUUUGGUCUGAUAAUCGAUUUAAUUUGCGUCAAGGCAACAGCACUGUUUUAGAAGGUGGUUACCCAUCAUUCUGCUGUCUUUGUAUUAAUGAAAGCACACUAUGCUAAUGAUUUACAGUCACUGUGAUGCCCUGUGCAACUAAGGGGCGUCUUAAACUGAAUCCUGUGUUUUGUGUACCACUUCAAGGGGUACAAUAUGUAUGUCCUACGUGCAGCGUAAACAGAAUUUUGUAUAGAACCAAAGUUGAUCAUGUUGACCUUAAAUACCCAAAGCAGCAUAUUUGGAUGGUUUAAAUCAAAUUGAAAAGAACAUGGAAAGGGCUAAUGGUUUUAAAUCAUUUUUUUUGGCUGCUGUUUUCUUUUAAACAAUGGAUGUGAGACGAUGUAACUCAACUACAGGAAACUCAAUUUUUUUUUUUUUAUUAAUAAUAAUAAUAGUAAUAAACUGUAUUUUAUUUCAGACUGUAGAAUUUAAAGGGUUAAUUCACCCAAAAAUGAAAAUUCUGUCAUUAAUUACUCACCCUCAUGUCGUUCCAAACCUGUAAGACUUUCGUUCAUCUUCAGAACACAAAUGAAGAUCUUUUUGAUGAAAUCUGAUAACUUUCUGUCCCUCCAUUGACAGCUACGCAACUACUACUUUCAAACCCCAGAAAGGUAGUAAAGAUAUCAUUGAAGUAAUCCAUGUGACUCCAGUGGUUUAACCUCAAUUUUAUGAAGCAAACGAGUGCUUAGUUUGCCCAAAAAAACAUAAUUUACAAAAAAACAACGCAUUCACGCAAAAACAACUGCUCUUGUGUCAACAACACGCAUGGUGCUCUUGUGAACGCGAUUGAGAUUAAUAUUUUGUAAAUAAAGUGGUAAAUUAUGUUUUUGCUCAAAUUAAGGACUUGUGUUGCUUCAUAAAAGUGCGGUUAAACCACUGGAGUAACAUGGAUUAAUGAUGUCUUGACUACCUUUCUGGGGCUCGAAAGUGGUAGUUGCGUAUUCUCUCAAUGGAGAGACAAAGCUCUGAUUUCAAUAAAAAGAUCAUGUUCUGAAGAUAAACGAAAGUCUUACGGGUUUGGAACGAUAAGAGGGUGAGUAAAGAUUACAGAAUUUUCAUUUUUGGGUGAACUAACCCUUUAACAAAAAGUCUGUUGAUUUUAAAAAUGGCCAUUGCUUGAAAAUAAAAAUUGGCUGACAAUUGGACUAAAUCCAAGUCAAAAGCCUUGUACCUGCACGUUGAACAUUGUCUGCUAAUUUUGUAAUUAAGAGACUGUUAUCAGUGGUAUUUGACAAUGACAAUUGAAGAACUAAUUCAGUCCAUGUGUUAAAAUGUGCACCUUUUUUUAAUUGAUAAAUACUAUGAAUUCAAAGUUUCCUGAGCAAAGCCACUUUACCAACUCCAUCUGAGUACACAGAACUCUACUAUAGUAUGACCAGUGCUGCUGUUGUGAUCUGUACGUGGACUGAUGAUGAUGCUCUUCUGUGUGAAUAUGUGCAUUAUAUUAAGACCAUGUGUGUUGUGGUGGUGUUCAUUUUAUUACCUGUCAGUUUCACUUCAUAACGCUCACACGUCCUGUGCUGUCUUCACGUUGCAAACACACGUAAUGAAGUUGCUCCUUCAGUGGUUUCAUGUUUCACUAGAGCAACAGAAGCGUUUCACUUCAGUGUAGUUUUGACGUCAGAAUAUUUUAGGAACUACAUUUUUCUUUAGAAGACACUGUUGGAACUCUAAUAACAAAUUUGGGGGCUAGGAAACUACCAUUUUUAAUGAUUUUGUUUGUUGUUUUUGUUUUUCCAGUCAGUAUCAUUUAUAAUUCAUGACAGUCAUUUCUGAUGGGUCUGUGAAGAGUGAUAGUUCAGAUGCAUUCACAAUAACAAGAGUUAUAUUUCUGUUUUUUUGCAUGCUGUGUUGCAAAUGCAGAAGCCCUUGCAAAUUUAUAUACUGUACUGUGUACAUAUCCCUGUAUAUAUCUAUAUAAUAAAACAAAUUGAAACAA